UCAACUGAAAACACCACACACCACACAGUAUUACCUAGAAUAUUUUUUUGUCGUGUUUUUUUUAGUCAACGAAGAUUUUCGAUUUCGAUAAAAAUGGUCAAAAUUCGGCCCAAUUCGGUCAAGAUGCCCCAACAUGCUCAUGGAAUAGGCAACAGGCGAGCCAAUCAAAAUGUAUUAUCUAGACUGCCCAAAGGAGUGGUUCACUCCUAUAUCAAAACCGAGCAUUACUUGAUACGACGGACGAUACAGGGAUGUAGGAGGAUUAUAAUCCAAAGAGACUGGCCGCUGGUGCGAAGACGGAUUCAUUUUCAAAGAGCCGGAGCCAUGGGCAAUAUGAUUCCGAGUGUUAUGGAUUCGGGGGUUCUGCUAGGACGGUGGAAUCGUAGGGCUAAGGCUAGUUUCCAUAUGGAUUGGAUACGCCGCCACGAAUUGGUUGAGGUUCCAGAAGAUCCAGACGAGGUAGAAUAUUUAGAAGAAUCCUGGGAAAGCGAAGAGGAGCCUGAAUCCUCUUCCACCUCUGGUUACAGUUCACGUCCAAGAUCCGAAGAAAUUCCCAGUGAAAUGGAUGUGGAUUAACCCCAGUAGCUCGAGAAUUUAUAUAUAAUCGAUGAGGCUGGGAAUACAGAUAGCUCGCCCAGCCAACCUAUUAUGCGAUCAAGAGCAGAAGUUGGGAUGUUGAAUCCUUGCUGUGUUAUAAAGAUUCCGCCCAGGAGUAAAUUUCAAAUUGAGUGCCAAUUCAAUUGGAGCAACGUAAUACAUGUCAAACAGAUUAUAAAAUUGUAUUAAAGUCUUAGGUCCCUAUUCAAAAUGUAA